UCGCGGCGCCGAUCCCGAGGAUCGCCCGCUCGCUCGCUUACUCUCUCGGCCUCGCUCUCGUUGACGCUCUCGCGCGGGGAGAGAUCGAUCGAUACGCCGCGGCACAGCGGGAACUCGGCCGACCGACCUGACUCCCGUCGUCGACAUGCCCCGCUGAUGAUCCAGUAGGCUACGAGAUCCGUGUUCUUAAUAUUCCAUCCAUUGAUUUCGAAGACUUGCCUCUUAUUCAAGACGUGGUGCAACAAUGGGUCGAAAGAAGAUUCAGAUUUCACGUAUCACGGACGAACGGAAUCGUCAGGUGACCUUUAACAAGCGGAAAUUCGGCGUGAUGAAGAAGGCGUACGAACUGUCGGUACUGUGCGACUGCGAGAUCGCGCUGAUUAUCUUCAGUUCGAGCAACAAGCUGUACCAGUAUGCGAGCACCGACAUGGACAAGGUUCUCCUCAAGUACACCGAGUACAACGAACCCCACGAGUCCCUCACCAACAAGAAUAUUAUCGAGGCGCUCAACAAGAAGGAGCAUAAGGGUGCCAUGUCUCCAGAGAGCCCGGAACCGGACGCGAUCGAAUACAAUCUUACCCCGCGUACCGAGGCCAAAUACACGAAGAUCGACGAGGAAUUUCAGAUGAUGAUGCAGAGGCAUCAGCACAAUGGCAGCAGGACAAUGGGACAAUCGAAUUAUACGCUACCGGUAUCUGUACCAGUGAACAGUUACGGCGAAUCUCUUCUUGGAUCUAGUCCACAGAUGGCACAUACCAGCAUUUCUCCACGUCCAUCAUCGUCUGAGACGGAUUCAGUGUAUCCCCCGGGAGGAAUGUUGGAAAUGAGCAAUGGCUACCCUCCGUCAGCGUCACCAUUGGGUGGUUCACCUAGUCCAGGACCUUCGCCUGCACUCGGGGUCGGUGGAGGUAGUGCAAAUAAAGGCAGCAAUCCGUCUAGGCAUUCGCCGCAACCUCCGCCUCCGCCACCGCCUCAUCCUCACAGGGCUAACCUUCGAGUGGUUAUACCAACACCACUCGCGCAAUCUCUCUCUGAAGACACUAAUUAUGAUAAUGCCCAUACGCAGUCUGCAUUGAAUACACCUGUAGUAGCGUUACAAACACCAACAGUACCAGCCGGAUACUCUAGUUUUGGACCAACAGAUUACUCCUCGGAUCUCGGGGGCCUUGCAUGGCCCACUCAUCAGAGGUACGUUGUUGAUGACUUAUAUUCGGCAGCCACCAUGUCCAGCAUCAGUGGUCUUCCUCACCUAGCUGUAUCGAGCAGUACACCGCCACCAUCCACGUCGCCUUUACCUGUAAAGAUAAAAAGUGAACCGAUAAGUCCACCCAGAGACCCGCACGGCGGUAACAGUGGGUCCAAUGGUGGACCCAGCAACGCCAGCAAUCUACACCACACAAACUUGAAUGUCGGUCCAUCGUCCAGUACCGGUGCCCCACCGCCACAUCACGUGUCUCAUCCGGGGCCUCAGACACUGAACUUAGUAUCGAGCAGACCGAGUAGUAAUCCACCUCCGUCCCAUUCGGGUAGCAUAACACCGACAAAUCUACCGUCGCCUGGAAGUGGUGCGGUCGGUGAUAUCAGAACGAACCAUUCUAGCGGUGGCGGGAACGGAGGGAACAGUUCAGACUAUGAGAACGGGCCGCUCAUGAAACGCUCGAGAAUCACGGAAGGUUGGGCGACUUAAUGUCGAUUAAAUUGUUGCACUCAUCAGUUGUUUGAUACCUCCUCGACGUACAACGGCAUAUAGUGCUUGUGAGUUCCAGUAUAAUUAAACAAACUCCUUUUAAACGUCUUUGAGACGCGUACUUCGUACUAUCGCGAUAACGAUGGCUACGGGAAUGGGUACGCUUCCGCCGUAGCUAGCGGAGUGGAAAAAUCUGUUUAUAUUUUGAAGCUGAAUACAGAAUAUACAUUUAUUUGAAGAAAAAAAAAAGAAAAUACGGUGCCAUAAUGUUGAAACUUUAUAUAUAUAUUAUAUAUAUGAUAGAUACAUAUAUAUAUUUUCAUGUAUAUAAUAUGAAGUGUUGUUUGUAUAUAUGUCAUAAAAUUCGUAAUAACUUUCGCGAUAUGGCAUUGUGUCAUCGAUGCUUAUCGUACGAAAAUUUAUGCGAAGGGAAACAGUAUGUUAGGGAAAUACCCAAAUACGCAGUACCCAAAUUGUGAAAUUUCUGAAAGUGUAAUACUGAAUCUAAAAGAGCUUGUGAGGAAAUCUACACAUAGUGUAAGAUUUAUAAAGACCAGAACUUACCAUCGCAAUUCGUUGUUGUUUUGUAUGGUAUAGUAGUCAGAAUUACGCCAUAACCCGUUAAUACAAUCUUGCGCUGCAAAAAUAUGCUUUGUUCGGAAACAUUGCCAUUGCGCUUCGUAGACAUCGUAUUCCAUGCAACAGCCAUUCAUUUGUGGGCAACUUGAUCGUUCGCGGAAAACUAUUAAUUGCGGUUUUCUUGUCACAGAAUUUAUAUCGAGAGGAAAUUUUAUAUUUUACUUUGUACAUUAAGAUUUUUUAUAUUUUUGAAUUAACCAACUAAUUUUACUGUUAACGUGAGUUUAUUAACGGUCUAUGGUUCCCGAACAUGCGGAAAUCGGCUGCUGUACUCAAACUUUUCAUGAUAUUCUAUAGAACAAGAUUCGAAAUUAAUAUAUUGAGUUAUGAGGUAAUACAAUAGAUAGGCAUAUUAUAUAGUGUUGAUUAAUAAAAAAAAGAUAUACACACAGCGCGCGUAUAGAUAUAUACAUACAUCUAUAUAUAUAUAUACACGUUAUAUACAUUUUCCACAAGUAUUUUGCACAUUUGUAUAAAGAUUAUGGAGGAAGAAAACUUGAAAACUUUGCAACCCUUGAAGCCUAAAAAUAUGUAACGAGAGUUUAUAUACUACAGGUAUAUGCCGUAUAGUAAAAAUGUGAUUAAAUAAAACUUACGAUAAGAAGGAUUGAGUGAUAUUAAUGUUAAUAACUUUAAUCGUAAAUUUUUAAAGAAACCAAAAUUAUAUUUCUAAAUACACUUCAUUAUAUUUGCCAACCAUGAUCAAUUUUAUGUAUCUUAAUCUGUAGUUCUUUUUAAUACAAAAACUUCCAGAAGGAUUGAUAAUGAUAUAAUUCUAUAUAUAGAAAACGAAAAUGGUUUGUUCUUAAGGUGAGAAUAUCUAAGAAAUCUUUCGUCGCAGAGAUCCAUUCUGUGAUAUAUAAGAAAUUAUAUAUAGAAGAGACGUUUAUCCUUUUCGAUAUCAGAAACGCGCGACCUUCUCGGCCAACAAUCACGUAAAAGUAAAUCUAAACGAUAUUUGGCAAAACAGGGUUGCAAUUGUAUAACGAUGUAGAAUUUACCUUCUUCCUGAAAUCAGUAAGAUGAAAAUGUGUCAAGAUGGUUUCAAUGUAUGUUUUACAAUCUCAGGAUGUAUCCUGGUGAGAAUCGUUCUCGAGAACUGUAUUUGAUAAAUUAUUGUAAUUAACAUACUAAUGGAAUACGCAGGUAUAUGAAUGAAUAGUGCCUGGCACCAUUUGUGGCCCUCCUGUUAGGAUGCUUUCCCAAAUCGUAUAUGCAGUACAAUUUGUUAAUAAAGUCUUGAAAAUAAUAAGCUACUUAAGCGAAUAUAUAUAUGUAUAUUCGAGAAACGAUAUAUGAUGUUGUAAGCUUUAUAAUGUGACUUUUUGACAAAUAGCGUGGGAAGGCAACCUUUAUUGUAAUCGAAGGUUGUACGAUGAGGUAUGACCCUCGAUAUUCAUUUUCUUUAUUAACGCAUAUUAGAAAUGUUUCAUAUGACUGUACGAACAAUCGGUAUGUGGAAUAUGAAAGCGUAAUGCGUAUAGUCAUUAAUCUUAAUCACGAAUUUUUAAGAUGAUCACAAAGUGCAAUCUCUUAGCCAACACACUUUUUUAUCAAACAAAAAAAUAUAAAGAAAUUGUUAUUUUUCAUAACGAAGAAGUAAACUUUAAUGUAUUAAAGAUAUAUAUGUCUCCACUAGUUAUUAAACUUUUUCCUAUUGACACGAAAUUUAUUAUAUUUAAUUGAUAUUUAAUUGUAAUAUAUUCUAUUCAUAUAUUACGAAGGAUGAUUGUAUAUGCCUGGCUCGCAGGUAUAAAUGUUUCCAAGUGGAUUUAUAUUUUGAAAUUUUGUUUUACGUUUAAAUGCAUUUGAUCGGUACAUUAAAAAGGAACAUGAAUAAAAUCGAAGGCAAUCUCUCAACGUUGUUUUACCGACAAUAUGAUAUUCUCUAUUGUGACUUUUUCGUAACUUUGUACGUAAAGUAAAAAACGUUAAAUCGUUAAUUUUAUCUCGGCGUUGUUACAUUGGAUAUAAUAUCGGAAGUUAAAAUUCCUCACAUAUAUGUAUCUCACACAGGAUAUAAUUUAAAUUUAAUCUUAACGAGUAUUAAUGAACCCAAAACUUGUUAAUUCUUUCUCUGAAAUGCCCUAUUGUGAUAUCGAAACUAACAUGAUUCUUCUGCAUAAUGAGUCCAUCUAAAGUCAUUUUAAGUGUUCCGACAUCGACACUUCUAUAACAGUCACAGUGUGAUGUGAAAAGCAUGAGCAGUACUUUAUAUGCAAGGUUUAUAUGUACUAUCUGAUCUAUUUUACCAUAACAUACAGUACGAUAAUGCAUAACAAAAUCCAUAAGAGUAGGCAAUUUGUUAAAUGUACGUUAAGUACAUGUACGUACACUUCAAUGUAUAUUUUUAAUAUGAAGUACGGUGUAAGUUAUAUCUGUGAGCAAAAAUAAGUUGAUGUAAUUAAAGAUGUAUUCGUCUUGAUCGGCACAACUUAUGACGAAGAUUACAUUGUUGUCAACGUCGCAGAAUAGAAUCAAGUUCGUACCUUGCAAUUUUCACGUGUUUGACUGCAAAUAUUGAGAAACAUUUUAAUUUUGAAAUAUCAUUUGAAAUAAUAAUACGGAGAAGAUACAUUAUCAAUUUUGGAAGACUUUCAUAUCCCGGUGACUGAAGCUGUAUUCUUCUGCGUAAGUUUCUUUUCUUAAAAUUACGGCUAAUUUGUGUGAUAUAUAUUACGUUUAAAAUAUAUAUUGCGUUUAAAAAAAAAUAUUCAUUGUGUAUUCUAAAUACUCUUUGGUUACUUGCCGUAAAUUACGAUCAUACAGUUGUGCCUCAAGAUUUCAACAGAUAUUCAAUACGUAAAAGUAAUGAUAAUUAUUGUAGUUAAAAACUCAGAGACUAUUGAAAUUGUUGGAAACGCUGUGAACGAAAUGGACCAUCGUUAGAAGAGCCAUACGCGUAAGAUAAAAUGAGGUCUACGGAUGGUUAGACAUUUUAUAUUGCAUAAACUAAGAUUGUUUGGAAAAGAGGCCAUUAUAGGCUUUAGGCAAUGUUCGCAAAUAAUCGAAUUGCAAUGCACGGCACAAGUACCAGAUCACUGUAACAAUGUAGCAAAAUAAAAUACAAUGUAUAUGUACUAGCCACAACUGUUGUCACCACAAAUAUAAAUAAAUAUAUAAAUAUAUAUAUAUAUAUAUUUAUAUAUAUAUAUAUAUACAUAUAUAUAUACACAAUUAAGUUUAAAUACAGAUUUAAGUACUGGACAUAUCUGUAAAGCCAAGUAGCAUCACAUUUUUAAACGUCAUAAGAAUAUCGUCAUUUUACUGUUACUAUCUGUAUCUGUGCAUUUUGAAACUGAAAACGGUAUGACCUGUUUGAUACGUACACAAUUACACCAAAAGUUAUAAGAUCCUUCAUAUAUUUUUUAACAUAUAGUUAUCAUAUUAUUGAGUUUUCCGCUUAGUUUUGAAAUGCACUCUGUGAACAGAUGAAGUGUAUGACGGGGGGGGACAUACUUUAAACAUUAUUAUGUAGUUAUACACGUAUUUGUAUAAUACAGUUUAAAGGGGAGGUUGUUUAACAAUUCCUCAAAUUGCGUAUCAUACUGUUACAGUUAAUUUCGAGAUACAGUUACAUUGUACAAUGUAUAAAUUUUAAAUAGAACAGUAUGUAUACACAGACACGCGCACACACGCACACACACCCACACAGACAUACACACAAAAGAUUUGCAUCAUGCAUACACAGCCGGAUGUAUGCAUAUGUGGAUAUAUAUGUAUAAAAGUUAUUAUAAUAAUGUGUAAUAGUAAUAACAUACAAUAUUAUAGUCGUGCGUUACGUUAGCUGAUAAUUGCGAGAAUAAAGGAAAGUAAUUCAUAUAGUGCCAUCAUAACUGACUAAUUAAGGGAAUACCGAUUUUACGUUUUAAGUAGUAAUAUCAUAGGAGAAUAUAUUUGAGGAAGGAAAAAGAAAUACUUACAAUGUUGAAGACAAAGACUCGGUUUAUGUUUGUAAUAAUAAUUAUAAUGUUUGCCAAGUUUGUUACGUAAGUACGAAGCCAUUGAGAAAUUUUAUGUGCUAAAAUCUUAAAGACAUAACUUUAUUCUCUUAUGCACAUUCAAUGCCACACGCAAUAGUACUUGAGUACACGAACCCGUCGAACCCGGUUUGUGCGCUCAUGGAGAUGGCGUAAAUACGCUACGGACACGGAAUUACAAAGCCCCUUUGUUUGUACGUUAUACCUUUGGUGCUCGACAUUACCCAGUUAUUGUUAUACGUUAUUAUUACUGAUCUGUAUAUGACCAUGCUACCAUAUUGCCUAUUAUUGGUCAGUAUAAUCAUUGUCAGAGUUAGUGAUAAAUAAUGAUUAUUUGAUAACGCUCUGUGUACAUCACACACAUACAUACAACAUUGUAAACACAUACACAUUGUGGUUAUAUUUCAGUGUAUCAGCAUAAUGAUAUGAUUAUUACGAUGUUGCCCAUAGAAUACAUUUUACUUGGUUUUUACAUUUGGCAGUAUUUUAUUUUGGCAUUAUUCCAUCCACCUGUAGCUUUUCUCAACGCUCAAUUCUCAUUGUUGACUUGUACGUGUAGUGCGUUCUCUCAUUUUUGUAUAUUAACAUUAUUUGUACUUGAGAAUCAGAAAUCUGAAGUUAUUUUGCGAAUUCAUCAUGUUGCUCGCAUGCUUCCGCUGUGUAUUACUUCGCGACGAUUUGCGAUCUUUUCUAAUUUUAUAUGUAAAACAUUACUUACCGGCUCGAUAAGUUUGUUAUUAUAGAAAACGUGUUUUGUUGCUUGUUAAUAAUGCCCAUCUUUAAACUGUGUUUUUGUUAGGUAACUGUAAUGUUAACACGUGAGAAUCCAAUCUACGUUAUAUCAAUCUCAUUGCGUUUUCUAAAAUCUCACGACACACGUCGAGUUGCUUAUUGAAACCAACUUCAUUAUGCAUAAAAACUAUAACAGGCAAUUACUUCUAUAAAUAGUAAUCGAAAUAUUUAACACAUUUAUGCAGGAAAAAUAUAUAAGAAAUAAUUAUAUAAAGUCAAUAGUCAAUAUUACAUGACGGUUAAUAGUAUAUAUGCUAUAUCCAGCAUCUUGAUACACUGGCGUUCAAAUUUAUUGAAAAAAAAUGUAACUUUUAAUACAUAUAUCUUGCCAUUAAAAAAAUUUCUAUUUACUCAUUUUUUCUUGAACUUUUAGUAUCAUUGUUUCAUCGAGACAAUUGUGUAUAUUAUACGCGUAUAUUAUAAUAUCUUUAUUCGUUUACACGCAAUUCUCUCUCGAGGAUGUAAUAUAUUUUUAAUAUACAUUUUUCUUGUGUAAAUCUUUGUGAGAUGCGAUAUUUUUGUAACGCUGACGUCUCUACGACAAUUCAGUUAACUGUGGACCUGUGUCUCUCGGAAAGCGCGAUGAUAAGAAACAAUUUUGAAAUGCUUAAUGCGUAACGAAUCUUCGUCUCUCAUAGAUAAUUAUAUCUUAAGGAGUAAUCACACAACACUUUGCGCGAUUGCAAAAGAACCAAAUUUCUUGCGAGCGGCUCGAUGUCGUAUGUAUGUGAUUACGCGUUACGCUAAAAUACACUUUUUGAAACACGAAGGGAUACGAGCUACACACAGUUUCAGGAUGUUGUUCCUAGAAUUCUGUGAAGAUAUAUGUGUUCACAGUGAUGGAAAGAAUAAGAUAUAUAUUAGCGUUCUCUUUUUUUUCCGAAUUCACAGUCUAUAAAUAGCUGCCCAUCGCAUCAACGCCCUUUCCUUUUUACCUUAAGUAUGUAAUCUAUAUAUGGAUUAUAUAUCUUGUACUUAAAUCUGGACCGCGCGAUGUGAUGAUAUUUUAUAUACCUGUUACAAAUCGGAGACCAGAUGUCGUCGCUCCAAUAACGAGCGGGCAAAUUUAAGACAUACCGAAUUUUCUCUUCCGUUUUCUUUUUCUACCGCUUAACGGAAAUGUCUAUGUUAAUUACUUCCGCAUUGUACAUAAUGUGUCCCUCAGUCUUUGACUCAUCCUCUCUUCUUUGGACGGUCAGACGGACAGUUAGCUAUGUGUUCUAAACUUUAGGGAUCUCGACCACGCGUCUAUGCACACGCAUAUACAAAAGUACAUAUAUAUAUACACACAUACAAAUACACACGCACAUACACACAACCACACCACAUACAUAUAUACACUUUAAGAUAAAAGUCGGUAUGUUAUUCAGUGUAGCACAAUUGGUUUGCACUGAAUAUCAAUCUUCAUUGUGACGUCCACUAAUGUAAUUUGCAACGAUUGUAAACACGUAAGAUAGACAUUGGAGAACAAUUGACCCUCUCAAAGGGAAGGUCUGAAACAAAACCUGCGAAUCGACAUAUCUCGUUAUCUUAAUAAUGUACGAGUAUUUAAAUACGUAUAGGUGUAUUUGACUGUAUUUGAGAGGAGCGUAUUUUCUUUUCAUUUGUAAGAGGUAUAAUUCAUAGUUUUUCGUGGUUUGCAAAUAAUUCGGCAUAAUCUCUGCGAGUUCUAUUUAAAUAGAUAUCUCGGACACAACACACACGUGGAAAAAGUCUUUGCGACGUUCUUCAGAAAACGUUGUUAGAUAUCUUUAACUGCGUUGUCUGCAUAGUUCUUUUUAUAUUACAGCUAUUAUAAUUUACAGAAGCACGUCAAUAUUAAUACAAAUUGUCGAUGGACAUUUUAAAUGAUAUAUGUCUGUUCCUCGAUUUUUGCGCAACAGUUCUAUUUUUACGAAAAUUUCUUUAAUAUUACAAACGGGUAAUUUAGGGGGGACUGCUCAUUAUCUUCUCCAAACUUUAUAUUUCUCCAUGAAUCAAGGCAGAUGUAGAUAUAAUUUAAAUAUACGAGCCACGAAACCCGGAAUGGUCAGUCAAUUCUCUCUUUCAUUUAUUUAUCUCUUCUUUCUUUAGUAAAGAAUGCUCUAUCUUACGUGCGUACGACCGUGUGUCUAUCCUCUGUAGAAAUGCCUUAUUAUCACGUGCCUCAAUUAAUAUUUAAACUGUUCACCUGCUUAUAUACCUAUUACUCGUUAGUCUACGUAACGAAUAUAUAUGUGUAAUAUCGAGUUAUUCUUUGUACUGCUCUUGUAAAUAUAUUCUGAAGAAUUAAUGUCA